AUGGCUAGCGUUCUACGAUUUGCUCGCUCUGACCGACCAAAUGAAUUCGUUCUUCUCCAUGUGGUGAACGCGGGUCCGGCCCCAUUGGACCUGACCCUCACUGCCACAGAGGGCGAGUGCCCAUAUACCGCCAGAGUCCAGGAGUCCCAUCUGAAGUCUCUGUGCGCCAAAAACUACCAGGGAUCGGAUGAAGAGUGGACCCAGACUAUCGCUCAUGUCUUAGGACAAGCUACCCUUACUCAGAAGCUGCCAGCAUGGUCAGGCGUGGAGGCUUCCAUUGCCAUAACAGGAUUAGAGGAAGAGAAUAAAGAAAUGAUCAUCACUGUCCGAAAAAGAGUGCAGUCUAUCACUCAAAGGCUUGGUGCGAUCACUCUCCAGCAGGAUGACGAGAAAGCGAUCGAGCUGUUUGAAUGGUCUGGUCUUGCUGCUUCCAGAGCUAGCGAGUUAGGAACUCAGGUCAUUGACCUGACGGAGCGAUGCCUUAUCGCAGAGGACACGGUCCGGAACUUGAAUAAGCAACUGGAGACGCUGACACGGGCCAAAACCCAACACGAAACCCAGCUUGUGGCCAAUUUCGUUCAGUUGUUAAACGAGAAAAAGCUCAAGAUACGUAACCAGCAACGGCUCUUAGCAUCAGCAACAGCCGACCCGACGAAAGUCCUAGAGAUCCAAUCAGCUACUAUUAAGCACCACGCAACUGGGGAGGCCACAAAACGAAAUGUCCCCGAUGAGAGUGAUGGAGAUGGUGACACAGAGAAAGGAUUUCAGGAAAUGGAAAUUGAUGAAAUGAAAGCCGAUAAUGUUUUGGAUGGCCAGGACACUGACGAUGAAGGUCUAUUCACGCCACAGCCGCUGGAGGAAGGGAACACAACUACAGAUGACGAAUUCGAUAGCCCGGAACUAGCCCAGUCAACCGCCAAGUCAAAUCGGACCAGGGAUUUGGAGCGUUCGUUGUCCAAAGAAGCGACACCACCACCGCGCAGAGAGCUGCCCUUCAGCAGACGAGAGCCAUCGGCGAAGAAAGGACCAGCCUCCGCUUUAAGUGAGGUUGCCGGAGAAACCGCAGGCGAGACAGAUGAUGAUGAGCUAUGA